AUGGCGUCUAUUCCCCGGACGGGGGGUAACGCUAAUUAUUUAUCUCCAUACACUCCCGCCGCGAUCCAUCACCGAACCCUUUUGUACCCACGAAAUCACAUUUACACAGCAACGGCGCAGCGUGUUCAUACCGAGAACUAUUACGUAAACAGAAACAAGACAAGCCAAGGAAGACCACGUCGACAGGAGGCAGCACCGAGCAAGCGGGCCCGGACGGCUUACACGAGUGCACAGCUGGUGGAACUCGAAAAGGAAUUUCACUACAAUCGGUACCUUUGCAGACCCCGACGCAUCGAGAUGGCAGCGCUGCUGUCGCUGACGGAACGCCAGAUAAAGAUCUGGUUCCAAAACAGAAGGAUGAAGUUCAAGAAGGAGCAGCGAGCGAAGAAGGUCGCGGGAGUUGGGCCUUCCGACAAGGCCCAGGACAGCGACCACGGCUCGCCACUCGGGCCCCGAGAGUCAGGGCAACCGGGGACCGUCAGCCCACCCCCGAUACCGUGGGGCCUGCAGGAAACGGUCGUCACGAAGCCUCAUCCAAACGCGAUCAGCCCCUCGGGCAGCUUCGGGUACCCUACCGUGCUGCCCCAGCAAAACCGGAACUCGCCCACCGCUCCCGAGUUCAAGUUUUACACCGACGACGUGCACGAGUACCCCGGCUAUCAAGGGGCCCCUUCGGUCAGCCCCGGUCAGGCCCAGGAGCACCAAGAACAGCAGCCACGGUACGUGCAGGAACGAGAGCCGGUCUUCGCCCAGAGCGACCGGCAUCCAGUUCCGGUUCCAGAGUACGCGACGAACUUGCACUUCAAUGAGACACCAAACUCGUAUCCUCAGUUCUGGCCCCCCUACUCGACGCCCUACUCCCAGCAGUUUCUUCCCUCGGGUGGGCCCAGCUACACGGAAUCCUUAUACCCACUUCCGGAUCUCCCGGAACUGAGCCAGUACCAGCAUCAGCAGACUUCUCGCCAUCAGCAGCAACAGCACAACGCCGAUCAUUCGGCCAACUUUGAUGAGCCGCCACCCAUUAUUCAGCCACCUGAGUAUCACGACACCCAGAUGAGCCUAACUCACCUGUAG